AUGGCCACCAACGGCGAUCUGCCCUCGGACGAUGAAUUUUCCCAGCCAGGGACCCCUCCUGGGGAUGAGAAUGAUGUCGAGGAGAUCGAAGAAACAAAUCAACCUCCCAAGUCGGCCCUGAAAAAGGGAACAACCGCAUCCAUACCCGAACCCCAAGUCACUCGCCCUCCUCUCCCAGAACAACCCGACCCGGCAAACCUAGAUAUCUCAAAACUGACUCCUCUCUCCCCUGAAAUCAUCGCCAGACAAGCCACGAUCAACAUCGGCACAAUAGGUCAUGUGGCUCACGGCAAGUCCACUGUCGUCAAGGCCAUCUCGGGCGUCCAGACGGUCAGAUUCAAGAACGAACUGGAGCGAAACAUCACGAUCAAGCUUGGUUAUGCCAAUGCAAAGAUUUACAAGUGCGACAACCCCGAAUGUCCCCGCCCGACAUGCUACAAGAGCUUCAAGUCCGAGAAGGAGGUCGACCCUCCCUGCGAAAGAGACGGAUGUGGUGGCACGUACAGACUCCUCCGCCACGUUUCGUUCGUCGAUUGCCCCGGUCACGAUAUUCUCAUGAGUACCAUGCUUUCCGGCGCCGCGGUCAUGGACGCCGCACUGCUUCUGAUUGCGGGUAACGAAGCGUGCCCUCAGCCUCAAACGUCGGAGCAUUUGGCCGCCAUCGAGAUUAUGAAACUCAGUCACAUUAUCAUUCUCCAGAACAAAGUCGACCUCAUGCGGGAGGAAGGCGCCCAGCAGCACUACGAGUCCAUAUUGAAAUUCAUCAAGGGUACGGUCGCGGAUGGAUCUCCCAUCAUCCCCAUCUCCGCACAGCUGAAAUACAACAUCGAUGCCAUCAACGAGUAUUUGGUCACCAAGAUCCCUGUGCCAGUACGAAACUUCCAGGCCGCCCCGCACAUGAUUGUCAUCCGAUCGUUCGAUGUGAACAAGCCGGGUGCCGAAAUCGAGGAUUUGAAGGGCGGCGUCGCUGGUGGUUCUAUCCUGACAGGCGUGCUCAAGCUCGGUGACGAGAUCGAAAUCCGACCUGGUAUCAUCACCAAGGACGCCACCGGCCAGACCGUCUGCCGACCCAUCAUGUCUCGCGUGGUGAGUCUGUUUGCCGAGCACAACGAUCUCAAAUUCGCCGUGCCCGGAGGUCUGAUCGGUGUCGGUACCCGAGUCGACCCGACGCUGUGCCGAGCCGAUCGUCUUGUCGGACACGUUCUGGGUCUUCGAGGCAACCUACCCGAAAUCUACAUGGAGCUCGAAGUCAACUACUUCCUGCUCCGCAGACUGUUGGGCGUCAAGACGGCCGACGGCAAGCAGGCCAAGGUGGCGAAGCUGGCCAAGAACGAAGUGCUCAUGGUGAACAUUGGCAGCACGGCGACGGGUGCGAAGGUUAUGGGCGUCAAGGCCGACGCCGCCAAGCUGACUCUGACCAACCCUGCCUGUACGGCCAUUGGCGAGAAGAUUGCCCUGAGUCGAAGAAUCGAGAAGCACUGGCGUCUGAUCGGUUGGGCGAACAUUGUGGCCGGAAACACCAUUGAGCCAGAAGUUUCCUAG